AAUAUUAAGAUAAGUUUAUAUAAUAUAAUAAGUUUUUUUUAUUAUUAUAAAAAGUUAUUCUAUAAAAUGUCCGAUCCGCGUUUACGUACAUUAAAAAUCAAAACCGGUGUUGUAAAACGUCUAACGAAAGAAAAAAUAACUUAUGAAAAAGAGGCUACUCAACAACAAGAACGCGUUGAAAAAUAUAAAAAAGAAGGUAAAGAUCAGCAUGAUAUUAAAAAACAAGAAGAAGUUUUACAAGAGUCAUUGAUGAUGGUUCCUGAUUGUCAACGUCGAUUAGUAAAAGCUUAUGAAGAAUUGAAAAAUAUAUUGGAUUCGGAACAAGAUUUAAAAGAAACAGAAACUUAUAUUGAAGCUGAAAAAAUAAUUGCUGAGGCAAAAAUUCAAUUACCGAAGGAAAUUACUAAUUUAGCAUAA